UCUCUCCCUCUGUCUAGUCGUGAGCAAGUCGCCGCCCCGGUAACACCACCUCAUCGUAUCUUGUGUUGAAAGCACACCAGUGACAAAAAAUGGCCAAGAUUGUAGGAAAGUACAAGCUCGAGACAUCCGAGAACUUCGAUGAGUUCAUGAAGGCUCUGGGUGUUGGCUUGGUGAUGAGGAAGAUGGGUAAUACAGCUACCCCCUCAGUGGAAAUUACUCUGGAAGAUGACACUUACAGCCUAAAGACUGUCACCACCUUUAAGACAACUGAGAUAAAGUUUAAGCUGGGGGAGGAAUUUGAGGAAACCACUGCUGAUGGCAGAGUAGUGAAGUCUACAAUUACCCUAGAUGGAAACAAAAUGACACACAAUCAAGUUGGAGACAAGGAAAAGAAAGAAAAGGAUUCCCUUCUGACCAGAGAGUUCACAGACACAGAAAUGAUAAUGGAAUGCAAAGUUGAUGAUGUCGUCAGCAAGCGAGUCUACAAGCGCCAAGAUUAAAGUGUCUGGAACUGCAUUUUCAACUUUUUAUUGCAAGAAUUGUUAAAAUUCAUUGCAAACUCACAAAUUAUGGUUUAUGUUAAGUGAGAGGUUUUGAGGCAAUUAUAACUAGUACAUCCACUAUGUUACCAGUUCAUGUGAUUUUUGUUUGAGAAAGUAAUUUACAUUAUCACUGCAUUCCUAGUUAACUAUUUUUUGUCACUAGUAUUCCUAAUUAACUAUUUUUCCAUGAGUUGAUUAUUAGGACAAGGACUUUAGUCAAAAGUCAAAUAUUGAUGGUGUGACCUGAAGAGGGUUAUAAAAUAUCUGUAUUUUGUAAUCUUUCUAUUAAAUAUCAGUUAUA